AAAUCUAUCUUCUUACUAAGUCUUCAGAACUUAAGUAGCAUGAUCUUCUUGAACAACUCAAGCCACAUCAGUGAUGUAUAUGCAGAAAUACAGUACUGCUAUGACUCUGUGAGCGGAUCAUGCAAGAAGAAUGUCCAGCCUCUAAGUCUCCAAUUUUCCAUGUUUGCUUUCAUGGGCUUUACUAUACUGGUUACAGUAACUGGGAAUCUUCUGGUCAUAACAUCUAUAGCGCAUUUUAAACAGCUGCACACCACCACAAACUGCCUCAUUCUCUCACUGGCGGUUUGCGACUUUUUGUUGGGGGCCUUCAUCAUGCCGUGCAGUGCGAUGCGGUCGGUGUACGGCUGCUGGUACCUGGGAGACUUUGUGUGCAAGUUCCACUCCAGUACAGACGUCAUGCUCAGCACCUCCUCCAUCUUCCACCUCUCCUUCAUCUCUGUAGAUCGUUACUUUGCUGUCUGCACCCCACUUCUGUACCGCUCCAUAGUCAACACUGUCACUACUCUGCUGAUGAUCAUAACCAGCUGGGUCUUCCCAGCCAUCUUCGCUUUUGGGAUGAUCUUCUCAAACCUCAACCUGAAAGGCAGUGAGCACUUCUUUGAGACACAGGUGCAGUGUGUCGGAGGAUGCACGGUAUUCUUUAACCCAUCAUCAGCUGCAUUCUCUACUAUUUUUGCAUUUUUCCUCCCUGGCUUCAUCAUGUUGGGCAUUUAUCUCAAGAUCUAUGUGGUAGCAAGACGUCAGGCCAGAUCAAUUAAAGAUCUGACACGGCAGAUUAAGGUGGAGGAUGGAAAUGGGUCUGCAGUCUCUGGGAAGCAUGAAAGAAAGAAGGCAAACACCCUGGCAGUGGUGGUGGGAGUUUUCCUCAUCUGCUGGACCCCCUUAUUCAUCUGCAAUAUUAUGGACCCCUUCAUUGGCUAUUCCAUCCCACCCACACUGACUGAUGCCCUGUUUUGGUUUGGUUAUAUGAACUCGGGCUUCAACCCUUUGGUUUAUGCUUUUUUUUACUCUUGGUUCAGGAAAGCUUUGAGCAUAAUUCUCAGUGGCAGAAUCUUUUACAGAGAUUCUUGUCUAAUUAAAUUGUAUUCUGAAUGAGCAUAUUUGGCUAUAAAGUCAUCCAUGUAGCUCUUUAAUCAUCUGAAUACUUGUCCUUUUAUAAAACACUAAGUGCAUCUUCAUUCCCCAACAUGUUUAAUUUCUAACCAUCUGUAUACUGGAAAACUGUAUUAACUGGAGCUAUCAAGGUAAAUAAAGCUUCUAGAUCAUCUCCGAAAAAGUCCCAGGUCCAUGUCUAAGCUCUGCAUGCACAAAGUAAGUUGUAUAAAAAUGACCAGAAGAUUCACUUCUGCACUUGUCACCAUCUUUACGGGGCUCAUGACGGAGAGCUUUGUGUUUACUUGCAGUUUUAUUUAUUGUAUAUUGAAUAUU